AUGGCGGUUUGCGUUCCCGAGGAGAUGGCAGAAACGGCAGUUUCUGUUCCCAAUGGGAUGUCUGAAACUAAUGGAAUGUCUGACACCGAUGGGACGUCUGAUGCCGAACCGAUCAUUGAGACAACCACCGUGGGCUCCUUCCUCUCGGACAAGACCGCCAAGGUGUUCAUCGCCGGCCACCGCGGGCUCGUCGGCUCCGCCAUCCACCGGAAGCUGGUCUCUCUGGGCUUCACCAAUCUCCUCCUUCGCACCCACGCGGAGCUGGACCUCACCCGCCAGUCCGCCGUCGAGUCUUUCUUCGCCGCCGAGAAGCCCCGCUACGUGAUCCUCGCUGCGGCCAAGGUCGGGGGCAUCCACGCCAACUCCACCUUCCCCGCCGACUUCAUCUUCGUCAACCUCCAGAUCCAGACCAACGUCGUGGACGCCGCCCUCCGGUGCGGCUCCGUCCGCAAGCUCCUCUUCGUGGCCCCCUCCUGCAUCUACCCCAAGCUCGCCCCCCAGCCCAUCCCCGAGUCCGCCCUCCUCUCCGGCCCCCUCGAGCCCACCAAUGAGUGGUACGCAGUCGCCAAGAUCGCCGGCAUCAAGAUGGGCCAGGCCUACCGCCUCCAGCACGGCCUGGACGCCAUCUCUGCCAUGUCCACCAGCCUCUACGGCCCCUUCGACAACUUCCGCCCAGAGAACUCCCAUGUCCUCCCCGCCCUCAUGCGCCGCUUCCACGAGGCCAAGAUCUCCGGCGCCAAGGAGGUCGUCGUCUGGGGCACUGGAUCCCCUCUCAGGGAGUUCCUCCACGUCGACGAUCUUGCUGAUGCUGUCGUCUUCUUGAUGGACCGCUACUCGGACCUGGAACACGUGAAUGUCGGCAGUGGGAAGGAGGUGAGCAUCAAAGAGCUGGCGGAGAUGGUGAAGGAGGUGGUCGGGUUCCAAGGGGAGCUGGUCUGGGAUGCCACCAAGCCGGACGGAACCCCCAGGAAGCUCAUGGACAGCUCGAGGCUGGCAGGGAUGGGGUGGGAGGCGAAGAUCUCGCUCAAGGAUGGGAUAGUUGAUGCCUACAAGUGGUAUGUAGAGAACGUAGCAAAGCAGCAGCAGUGA